AAGAUAUUCCUAAUUCCAGAAUCUAAAAUGUCGUUGUUAAGUUGUUUAUCAGGGUUGGGUAAGAUUGGUGGAUUUAUUCAACCUACCACCAUCUUGGAGAGUUUUGUCAGGGAUGCGAGUAAGAAAGCUGGAAGUUCUACGAGGAAUAGAUGUAGGAAUACCCCUGGUAAAAGAAGAGGAAUCAAGGUCUACGAUGGUCAAAGAAUUCCAAGUGGGAAGAUUGUAGUAUCCCAAUACCGUCUACAGAUCUUACCAGGAUGGAACACUGUGAUGCUACCAAACUGUAAUAUCAUGGCUCUUACUCACGGUAGAGUUAUAAUUACCACAGAGAAGGUUCAACCUAAGCAGGAGGAAUAUGAAAAGCUACCUGCCCGACUAGGAAAAGUUAUGCCGGACCAUCUUCUCCAGGAGAAUAUUUACAAACCACAUAUUCACAUACUUCCUGAUGAACAGCAUCAAUACUUCAAACUCACAGAACAGAUUUAAUCUCGGGCAGAACAUUCUAGAAUUAGCAACAAAAAUCCACCAAAAACCAAGUAUUUUUUAGAAAAUGCACCAAAAACCUACAUUUGACUUGGUAAUGCCCCAAAACCGGCGUUUUUCUAGAAUUGCGCAAUUUUACCUAAAAUCGCCAUUUUGAAAUCUGCAUGUGGUCGUGUAGUUAAACCAUCUGUAGUUAAACUAGCAAACAAGCGAAAAUUCAUUCUUUUUGUUUCAGA